AUGGAUGAAGAAGAAGUAAAAAUUUGGGACGGAGCAUCGAGAGGAUGUAGCCACACUCAUAGUUGCAACCCUCCAGGUCCAGAGGAUGCUUCUCACUCACACAUAUGCUUCCACACUCACACUCAUCUCAUCAUCCCUGAUCAGCAAGAGAAUGAUCAUUCUGACAGCAGCAACAAGAAACGCUCAUGUGGGAACAGAGAGGCAGUGAGAAGGUAUAGGGAGAAGAAGAAGGCUCGAACUGCGUACCUUGAAGACGAAGUGAAGAGAUUGGAAACUCUCAACGGACAUUUGCUUAGAAAGCUUCAAAGCCAAGCAAUUGUGGAAACCGAAUUCAUCAGACUCCGGACUCUUUUGGUAGAGAUGCAGGGGAUGAUUGAUGGUGAACUUGCCGGUUUCUCAUUUCAGAAACAAUGCAACGAUUCUGGUUUUGUGUUCAAAGAAGGUGGAUGCAACGUAGCAACAGAGAAUGUGAUGUGUGAAGCGGCAAGAGUCGAGUGCGAGGAGAGCCAAUCACUAGAUGCUAUUCACUCAUUUGUUCCCCAUUCACCACCAUUCUCACGUUAA